GUUAUUGCUCUCUAAUUCUGCAAUUCAAAAAUUUAAAUCUUAGCGGGAGAUAUUCUUCUUUUUUAUUUAUCAUAUAUUUUAUUACACUCUUUAAACGUGAUUUUAUACUUUAUUUUCAAUCGUAUUAAUGGAGCAUUUCGAUGACUCAAAUGUGACUGAUGAUUUCAUAGCAAAACAGUUUUAUGGACCUACACUUCAUGCCUCUAGACGGAACUGGAGUGAAUCCAUUUUACAUUUGCGAAAGAUUCAUAGGGAAUUGCAAUCUAAACCCAUUCCAUCAGUCUUUAAAUCUAGAUUAGAGGGGCCAUCUACUUCAUGGAAAGUUUUUAAACGUUUAAGUUUGGCUGCUUCUUUUGCUGAUUCUGGCACAAAAGAUUGUAUGAUUUUUUCUUUUGAAGAACGUAAUGCAGAUCAUACUGGUCAGAGAUUAUUUCUUGUUACUCAUCCAUAUCAUUUGUGGUUAAAUUAUAAGUCUCGACCAUCUGAUGAGCGAUGUACUUAUGAAGUUAUCAGAGAGAAUUUUCCUUGUAAGCUUUACUUUGAUUUAGAAUUUAACAAAAUUUUAAAUCCAGCGAAAGAUGGCAAUGAUAUGACAAAACUUUUUAUCCAGUGUGUCACUGCAGAAAUGUCGAAUGUUCAUGGUAUACAUCUACAGGAAUCAAACUUCUUAUGGCUUGACGCUAGCACUGAUACUAAGUUUAGCUCUCACUUGAUUGUGCAAACACCUGGUGCAGUUUUUCAAAACAAUGUUAUUGCAGGUUCUUUUGUGUCAUCUUUGUCUCACAAAAUAAUAUCCAAAAUAGCAAGCAGUGCCGAUUCUGAUCAAUUAUGGCCAUCGAGUAGUCAAUUGAAAUCACUAAUUAUUCUGAAGGCAGAUGAAAAGAAAUCAUUUUUCUGGGAUUCAAGUGUCUAUACAAAAAAUCGAAAUUUUCGAUUAUUCUUGUCCACAAAGCUUGGCAAAAGGGCUCCUUUAGUGGUAUCAAAAUAUAAUCAGUAUGUGCCAGCUAAAGAUGUAACACGAAGAGAGUUUGAGGAACUAAUGUUCUGUGAUUCCCUUGUUACAUAUUUCAGGAAAAACGUACAGAAUUUACGAGUUUUGUCCAGUUCAGAUAGUUUCAUGAUGGAAGCUUCUUCAAGAGAAGGCCUUUCAUUUAAAUCUCGAAGCAGUAAUUUUGGAUUAUCAAACAAUGGCCCAUCUCCUUUCCCUGAAAUUGAUGAUUUUGUUUUGAGUCAAGUAAAUGAUCAUAGAAUAACAGGUUUUAUUCGUAAAUGGUCUUACAUUGAAAAAGAAGAAAUUUUAGUUUAUGAGAUAGGAAACUACAGGUAUUGCUCUAAUAUUGGUCGCCAUCAUAAAAGUAAUAAUAUAAUGCUGAUUGUUGAUUUAAGAAAAAAACACUAUUACCAAAAGUGCCAUGAUCCUGAAUGCCGAGCUGAAAAUUACAAAUCAGUCGCUAUAUCACUUCCUUUAUCAUUGUAUCUACCUGAAGACUUCUUUGACGUGGAAUGUUUUUCACAAUUAAAAUCGGAACAAACUGAAACAUUAUCAAAUUCAGAGAAUAGUGAAAAGAAAGAAGAUAGGAAAGUUGAAAAUUUCAAUGAUAUAUUGGUUGAAGAUUCGUUUUUUGAAGACAGUUUCCCUUUCACUCAGUUAAAUCCAGCUAUUAAGGAGGAUUCAGUUAACACUGAAACUUAUGCACCAGUUCAACAUGUUAUGGAGGAUUCAAACUCAUUACAAGAUAUAAAUUUUGAUGAUGCUUCAAUAAAUGAUUUUGAAAGUGAUGAUAUGACAGAAAGAACUGAUUCCAAAGCACCGGAAAAUAACAAUGUCUAUCUUAAUAGCGCCAUUGAUGAAAAUUUUUUUAAUGAAGAUACAAAUGAAUUAUCUAAGGAAAAUUCAAAUUCAGAUUUAACCUCUGAUGAAGAUGAAAUCAUAACGGCUGAAGCAGCUGCGAUGUUAGAAUGCUCAUUUACUUGUGAAGACAUCAUGUCAGAAGAAACCAUAUUUUAAAUAUUUAUUCAAUUUAUGAUGAAAAGUAUAGGAAUUAAUAUUCAGCCGAAUGAGAACAUAGCACAAUUAUAUGUUUUUAAAUGACUGAAAAUAAUACCAUUCAAUUUUAUGUACUUAAUAUAUUG